AUGGUCUUUUCAAACAACAGGCGUCAGUCUCAGAGUUGUGAUGCGUGUCGAGCACGCAAAGUACGAUGCGCAAGGGAGAAUCAGGACGAUCCUCAGACGUCUUGUAAGCAUUGUAUUGCCCUCGGCAUACCAUGUACAUACGACUACCAGCCCAAGAAGAGGGGACCACCGAAUUUAUAUCUGCGUCGCCUGCAAGAAGCGGCAGCGGCUGCAGCAGCAGCACAAGCCGCUGGAAACGGCACGGACAGUGUUGAUGCAACAUCGCCAGGAGCGGCUGCAAGUGUGAAGAGUCCAACGCAGCCGCCGACUGUCGUGCCUUCACAGAAUGCGACGUCCCCUUUCCUUGAAUCGUCACUCAGCCCCAUCAACAAUAUCUCGGCAUCAGCAGCUAUAUCUCCCUCUAGAUAUCCCAUCGCCGCUGAUACGUAUCAUCCGCAUUAUCCCGGUAUGCAUACCAUCCCAAGCAUUACUCGACGUAUGUCUGAGUCGUCGACCUCUGGUUCGACUUCAGGGAUUCCGCGCUCUACAAUGAGCAAUUCCACGUCAUCUGACGCAUUUAGCACUUACCCACUGUAUAACUGGUCUGCAGCCUACAAGCAGCAAGCCCAGCUCCCCGUGCCACCACCCAACGCUCUUCCCCCCUUGUCAUAUUACUACCGGCCGCAUCGGCUCGAAGACGUGGCUCCCCGGGAGACAAUUAUGCUCAUCAUAAACCUUUUCUUCGAUUUCGUGUAUCCGCUCACACCUUGCGUGCACAAGCCGUCAUUCAUGGCUGAUCUGCACUCACGGAGGGAAGAGCGCGAUCCGCUCUUUUUCGCAUUGGUAAUGUCGACCUGCGCCUCCACACUUGUCCAGGUCCCACGCUCCUAUCUACCCAUGGAACGUCAUACUGUGCGCAAACUCGCCCAGAUAUGCCAUGAAUCAAGCAGGCACAUAUCUGUGGCAUCGUACGACCCUCCGCAAUCAAUUCAUGUUGUCAUUCGUUACUUCGACACUGUAUAUCACUUCUGUGAGGGACACGACGCAACGUCUCACGCGUCUUUCGGAGAGGCAGCGCACAUCGCCGUAACAUUACACAUGCAUGAAGAGACGUCAUACGAAGGCCUUGAUCCCGUCGAGUGCGAAAUACGCCGGCGGACUUUCUGGCUGUUAUUCGGUGCAGACAAGUCCAUGUCAAUCCUGCUGGGCCGCCCGAUCUGUUUACGCGAUGAGGAUUGUACGCUCCAUUUCCCAAAAGAGGUCGACGAUGAGUAUAUCACGCCAAAUGGUAUUCUUCCGCAACCACACGGGAAAACCGCCAUCGUAUCGGGACUGAAUUACAUCUCGCGAAUCUUUGCUUUGCUCGGUGAGAUACAGGUGCGCAUUCGGGUGGAUAAACGCUCCCCACCACAGGGACAUUUUGCGACGGCUCGGCUAGAAGAAGUUCGGUCACUGCACACUCGGAUCAUGUCUGCCCUCAUGCAUACGCCUGCUCCGUUGCGUCUGAAGAGUGCAGGAGUACAAGCGUCGCACAUGCCCGCGGAACUUGGUGGUGCAGGCUUCCGUCAGGCAACAUUUGCAGAGGUCAAAGACUUCUUUGACAACCCAAAUGCAAGCCGUGCAAACGCAUCAAAUGCAUUCCUUGUUAUGCAAGCAAACCUUUAUGUCACGCAGCAACUUGUGCGAUUCGUGAUUGAACAGUAUCGGGACGAACUGAUUGCACAACUACGUGGAACAACCGAUAUGCGGAUCAUUGAAGAGCAGGAAGCCGUCGUGGCAGAGGGACGCGAAGCAGUAGCAAGUGACUUGCUCAACGUUCUACAUUCAAUACCAAUCCAAUCGAUCGCGACGAACGGACCUUCACUUGUACACAAGGUUCGUUUUGUCGCAUCUAGUCUUCUGGACGCUGUGCGCAAAGCCGAGACUGCACCUGCAACGGCUGCCCGUGCUCACGCUUACUUGUGGGACUUCCUUUCAAUUUUAUCCGAAAUCGAAAGGAACUAUCUAUUGGACGACGACCGUGAUGGCGGCUCGAGCGGGGAUUCGACAACCAUACUCAACAACUGA